CACAGACCUCCAUAAGACCCCUAUCUCCUUCUAUUCCCCACAAACAGACAUCAUCUAGCAGAAAAUCUUGGGAAUUCCAGCAGUGGACUGCAAUUGUGGGGGGUGAGAGGGCAAGGUGUUUCCCAUCAUUCCUGUGAUCAUCCAUAACCAUCUGUCCAUUUCAGACUGGUAACGGCAGGGCCAUCAGUUUCCCAGCAUUCAGCUGCACAGAAUGGAAAGCAAAUUCAAGGCAACUCUUCUUAACAUCCUUGAGGACCUUUUAGAGGAAGAGUUUGUAAAGUUCAAAUUCCAGCUCACAAACAUAGCUCUUGCUGAGGGAUACAACUACAUGCCUCGGAGCACUCUCCAUCAAGCAUCCCCAGGGAAACUUGCUGACAUACUCUUACAGUUCCACGGGGAUGAGUACUCCAAGACUGUGACCCAGGAGGUCCUGAAAGCCAGAAACCAGCGCUACCUGGCUGAGAAGUUCUGUCAGGCAAUGGCAAAAUGUGAGUCUACAGCUAACCUACCCCUCUCUUGGUGGCUUCCUAAGAAAGAAACACCCAAUGAAUCUGCUUUUUGUUCCAGAGAUCAUCAAUCAAGCAAUGAUAGAGAAGAAACAGCCCCAAAUCCAGACUUUCUUAACCUAAUCAGGCGGCUUAAUCUGGAAAGUUAUUAUCCCAAGAAAAUGACCAAAGUAAAUACUUUUUUGGUAAAUAACACCUCCAUCCAUGACACACAACCAAAAGCUGACAGGGAGCUACCAUUUUGUUUUCUAGAGAAACUUUUGAUAUUAGAAUGUCAUUUGCGGUACCUAGUUUAUAGAGGCACUAUAGAUACAAUAUCUAUGGUGCCCCAGACACUGAAAAGCACAGAACUAGAAAGAACAUUUGAGGACUUUUUCAUUAUCUAGAAAACACAAUCAACUACAACACAAACUUGCACCCACCCAAUGGACAUCCAGAUGGCAGUUUUUCACUGUGCAGAUUCCCUUACAAGACAGUAUAUUUUGACCUAACUCUCCUUUAGUCAAUUUGCGCUCCCACUUUUGGUGCCCAGUCCUUGCAAUCCCCAAGUAGAAUUUCCUCUUUGGUCUCUCAGGCAAAUCAGGAGAAGCUGGAGAGAAGUGGAAAAAAUAGGAUGGGAGAAAAAAAUUAAGAAUUAUAAUAACCAGCUGAUCAGCUGGAAACCUACACACACUGUGUCUUUCAUAAGGAUUGGAAAUUAUGUCUCUACUUCCAAAUCACAGAUUUUAAAUUCACUCCUCAGUAAUGGCAAACAUGACCAUUUUUUCCACCGUCAUUCUAGGGAAGACAACAACAGACGUCUAUUGACAGAGGGUAUGGUGGAAAUCUGCUGGUUCUGCCCAGGUGGGAGAGCUGAGGACAGGUUUGAAAACUGUAUUGCCUUCACCAAUCUCCAUGGAAAUGCUGAAAUACAUGAGAAGCAGGUUAGGUUCCUACAAGAGGUAUCUUCAGUCACUGUCAUUCUCCUGCCAACUUCUGAUUCUGACAAAAUGAAAAGUUCCCUUCUACAUGAAUUUUGGAAGUCACCCAAACCUCUCAUCUGUUUGUUUGAAAAUGUAGAAAAUAUUAUGGAUGAGAAUCCUGUCCACAAAGUGAGAAUUGGGAUCAAGGAUCUAAAUAAGAUAGAAUUAGCUGACAAAAUUACAGCUAUAUUAACACAGUUGCUGAAGAAGUCCGGAUCACCUCACAGUUUGAGUGACUGGGCCAACAUGGCUAGGAAGUAUGAAUUUACUAUUGAUGAAGACCAAGGAGCCUGUCAAGAAGCAGAAAAAAUAACCAAUAUCCUAAUGGACAUGUUGAGAAAAGUGAAAUUAUCUGAGAUAAAAGAAAAGUUACUACCUCUUCAGGGAGGUCUAUGGCAUGAUUGGUGUAAGAAGGAUAAGGAACUCCAUCAGCUGAGAGAAAAAAGAAAGAGGAGCAUUGAAAAAUAAAAGAAUGAGAUUGAGAAGGAAAAGCAGAACACCUGUGAACGAUAUCACAAAGUUAUUAACCUUUGUGAACUGAUAAAGUCCUUCCUUAAAAGUCUUCAGUCAUACCCAGAGACCCAAGAGCUGUACUUUCUGCAGGGCCUGAGUAUGCUAAUAGAACAACUAACUACUAGAGAAUUAGAAAACCUCCACCAGAGGCACAGUUUCCUGUUGGCUCAGGUAAGAACAGAGAAGGAGCAGAAGUCAAAGAGAGAUUUCCUCAGACUCUGGGAGGCUGAACUAGAUGCUAUUACCAAAGAGAUUAGUGACUCCACCCUGGGAAUUAAACAUCUCCUGAGAGAAGUUGGCCAGAUCAAUAAAGCUCUACAAGAAGCUUCCUCCCAAACAAAUACACUCUUUCUUUCCCUUCCCCAAAUGGCUGCUGACCUGAUGAUAUCUGGUAUUCCCAUUGAGCUGAUGGAUGGGGAUGCAUCUUAUGUGCCUCUAAAGUGGGUGGCAGCUGUUUUUGAUAAGGUCUCUGAGAAACUUGGAGACAAACGGGUAUUUGUUCUCUCUGUCCUGGGCCUGCAGAGCUCAGGAAAGUCAACUCUGCUGAAUGCAAUGUUUGGGCUGCAGUUCAGUUUCAGUACAGGGAGGUGCACCCGGGGUGCCUACAUGCAGCUUCUGAAGGUGGAAGAGUUGCUCAGGGAAGAGCUGGGCUUUGAUUUUGUGCUUGUUGUAGACACAGAAGGACUUCGAGCUUCAGAGCUGACUAACAAAGCACAUAGUGAGGACAAUGAGUUGGCAACCUUUGUCACUGGGCUUGGAAACCUAACUCUCAUCAAUAUUUUUGGGAAAGAUCUAUCAGAAAUAAACGACAUUCUGCAAAUAGCCAUUCAUGCCAUUCUCAGGAUGAAACAUCUGAAUAUCUCUCCAGGAUGCCUGUUUGUUCAUCAGAACACAGAAGAAAUUAUAGAUACAAAACAAAGCAUGGAAAGGAGAAGGUGGCUGCAAGACAGGUUGAAUGAAAUGACACUUGCCGCAGCCAAACAUGAGCAGUGCUCAGAUGUAUCUCACUUCAGUGAUGUCAUUAAGAUUGAUGUUGAGACCUACAUCCAUUACUUUCUUCACCUCUGGGAAGGUUUUCCCUCAAUGGCCCCUGUGAAUCCCCGCUAUAGCUGCAAUGGUCAAAAGCUAAAAAUCAGGAUUCUUAAACAUGCCAAAGAAGAAUCCAGGGGAAGUAUUUUGAAGAUAUCAGAACUAAAAGCUCGAAUAGGGCAUUUAUGGAGGGCCUUAGUGAAUGAAAACUUCAUCUUCAGGUUCAGGAACACCCAGGAGGUCGUGGCUAUGAAUAAACUGGAGACCAUGUACAACAGAUGGACCUGGGAGCUAAGAAGUCAUGUGCUGGACUUGAAUAGUCAGCUGACCAACCAGGUUCAAAAUGGAGAAGCUGAGCAGAUCAAGAGAACUUUGAUUGACAAUCAACUUGUGGAAAAACAUGAAGCCAUAAAACAAGAACUUGAAAGGUAUUUUCGAGAAGACAGAGAGAGAGAUAUCUUAGCUCAGUGGAAAGAAAGAUUUGGAGAUGAUUUGAAGACUCUUAAAGAGGAGCUUACCAUAGAAACUAUGAAAAAAUGUGAGGAUUUAAUGAGUGGAAAGAAAAUACAAGACCUUUGGAAGGAGCAUGAAAUAAAAUUUAAACAUAAGUUAUUAGAAAAAAUUGAAGGGAAAGAGCUACAAGAUAAUAAGCUGAGAGAUCUUUUCAAUAAGGUCUGGUCAGAGAACAUCUCCAUUCUAUUGCCUCCUACACUCCCAUCUGCUGAGGCUCCUGAUAUCGAUAUUGAGCUAGAGAACAUUCUCCUGGAACACUUUAAACAACAUCCCAAUAUUGUGAACAGAAUUAGGUAUCGUGAUACAAAGAAAACAUUUUGUAUCAAUUACUCUAAACAUGUUAUGACCUCUCAAAAGUCCCAAGCAUAUGGAAUCUCUGUGGAAGAGUUUGAAAAAAAUAUCAUAAGCAAGACAACAGCUCAAAUUAUAAAAUUGGUUAAGGAAAUCAUACACAAAAGAGAACAAAUGAAUGAGGGGUACAGUCCUAGUUACUUCUAUGAAAUUCUGCAAGUUAUUCAUACAGAGACUGAGGCUGCAUCUCAAGGAGCCAGAUUCAUGCUGACGAACAGAUAUAGACUAGACCUUGCCCUAGAGCUGUUUCAAGAGGCAGCAAACUGUUUUAAAAAGAUGUGCAUCACAUUUAAGAAAACAAACAACCCUGUCCUGUACCUAGAAGGUAAAAAAGAGGAAUUUUUUACUCAUUUUAAGGUACCCUACAAAGACCAUUCGAACAUUGACUGAGUUCCUUUGGUGAAAAGAGUUUCUGCUACCUUGUAAAUUGGGUUAAUACUCAAAGAGCUUGUAAGAUCCUCACCCAGCCCUUCUCUUCUUCUGUUGCAUUGCUGUCUGUAAUGAACAUUUUGUGUAAACCAGAUAAUUAAAAUCAACCAAUGAAACAUUA